AUGACCAGCGCUGCGGGAGAGCAUCGAAAGGAUGCAGCUGGAGCGGAGGGCUCCAAUCAGCCCGCUCUUCCGGCUCUACACUCUGCCAAUCCACCGCGAGUGUGUACGAUUGCUGGAUCAGACUCUGGAGGAGGAGCGGGCAUUCAAGCCGAUCUCAAGACGAUCCAAGCGCUCGGAGGAUAUGGCUUGAGCGUCAUCACGGCGCUCACUGCGCAGAACACCACUGGCGUUCAAGCGGUGCACGCUCCACCUUCCGAGUUCGUUCGCUCUCAGCUUGCCUCGGUACAUUCGGAUAUCAGGAUAGAUGCGUGGAAGAUUGGGAUGCUAGCAAACAAGGAGAUCAUACAGGUCCUAUCAGAGGAUCUGACAAGGUAUAGGAAGGGCAAGGGGAAGCUCGGUAAGUCUCUUGAUUCCUUUACGACACUGCCUGAGCGAGCUUACACCGCGACAUUCUACGACUUUCCCACGCAAAGCUGCGCUUGUCCUUGACCCGGUCAUGGUCUCGACGUCUGGAUCAUUGCUUCUUACGCACGACUCCAUCCAUCACCUCAUCUCCGGAAUGCUGCCCCUCUGCGACGUCCUCACACCAAAUCUGCCAGAAGCACGCCAGCUUCUUGCUCACGCGCGUAACAGACCGGUCCGCCAUGACAGUGCCACUGCCGCUUCACCGACUCAGAAGACCAAAGAGAGUGGAGAUGAUUUAGAAAGCAGUCUGGACACCCUCAAGUCCCUUCUGUCCGCUGCAAAGGAGCUCUCUGAUUUGGGACCAAAAGCAACAUUGGUGAAGGGUGGUCAUCACGUCAUGAAGAAGAGCGAGGUGAACGCCUCCUUGCUGGAACUCGGUGGUGGUCUUGGUUCAGCUCCUGAGAGUCAAGAUCAAUUGUAUACAGGCAUUCAAAGUAGGGGGCAGAGGUACAGGGGUCAGCUCUCCGGGACAGCAGAGGCUGAUGAGCUCUGCGUGGUCAGGACAGAUGGUUCUCCUUGGUCAGACGUACUCUCGGCGUGGUACGCAUCUGGAAGCUCGAAGAGUACAUCGUCGCACGAUGUGGAAUCAGUCAUAGUGGAUGUGCUCUACGAAAAAGUGGGAGUGAAUGGUGGGCCGAGGUAUACUCUGUUCGUGAAGCCCCACGUGCAGUCGACUGCGACUCAUGGAACGGGAUGCACCCUUUCCUCGGCCAUCGCAACGUACCUUUCAUCCGGCCUUACCAUCGAGCGAGCCGUUUCGAACGGAAUCUCGUACGUGCAAGCCUCAAUCGCUCGAGGGCUGGAAAGUCUGGGUCAAGGUGCUGGCCCACUGAAUCACGCUUGCACCAUCGCCCCUCGCGGCGUGCUCCCACCAGUCCGCCACGCAGACUCUCUGCCUAGCGAUCGUACACCGCUGUGUGCGGCUCUCAUAGCCAACAAUAUUUCCGAUUGGAAUCUUUUCGUCCAGCAUCCCUUCGUAGAAAAGCUUUCGUGCAAUGAGCUAUCCAAAGAAAACUUCGUCUGGUUUCUGAGACAAGAUUACCUAUUCUUGUUGCACUACUCGCGCGUUUGGGCUUCGGGAGCUUCUUCAGCUGCUGCCGCACGUACCUUCGACGACGUCGUUCUAUUUGCAGGUAUGGCGGCCUCGAUGGCGACAGAAGCAAAGACGCACACCAAGAUCUGCGCGGCGUGGAGCAUCACGGAAGAAGACCUUCAAAGAAGGACCAAGGAGAGCGCGGCUACUUUGGCUUAUACGCGCUACGUUCUCGAUGUAUCGAGGAGCGGAGACGCGCUGGAAUUGCUGUGCGCCACCGGCCCUUGUAUGCUGGGAUAUGCUGAAGUCGGAUUGAGACUGGGACGGUUACGCAAGAGGACCUCGGUGGCCGAUUUCCCGGAGAACGCUCAGGCGUUUGGAGAGUGGAUCGAUACCUAUGCGGACGAAGGCUUUCAGGAUGUGGCCCGGAAAUCCAUCGGUGAGUCGAUGUGGAGUUGAAGGACAAGUUGGUUGCUGUAUGGCUGACACCAGCCCUCGACACUCUUGCGCCCUUCGACCUUUAGAAGCUAUGGAGGAUCGGGCAGCUGCGGAUUUUCCGAGCCAAGAGCGAAUGAAGCAGCUGCAGAACAUCUGGAAUGCGUGAGUAGUAGCGACUCGUGAAUCAUUGCUCCAGUCUCGACUUUCAGCGCGUGUGGAUGUUGAUGGCACGACCCUCGCGCGCACUUUCUUGCAGAGCUGUGAGACUCGAGAUUGGCAUGUGGGAUGAAGCGAUCGACGCCAAUCUCAGGAGGGAGAUUGUCGACGCUCCAAGGAUUUGA